GUGUCCUGUCUGCAGAUACUGCCAAACGCCUGAGCCAGUGGAAGAGAACAAGUGUUUUGAGUGUGGAGUUCAAGAAAACCUUUGGAUCUGCUUAAUAUGUGGGCACAUAGGCUGUGGCCGGUACGUGAGUCGACACGCUUACAAACACUUUGAGGAGACCCAGCACACCUACGCGAUGCAGUUGACCAACCACAGAGUCUGGGACUAUGCUGGAGAUAACUAUGUCCAUCGACUGGUUGCAAGUAAAACUGAUGGGAAGAUAGUUCAGUAUGAGUGCGAGGGAGAUAUGUGUCAGGAAGAGAAAAUUGAUGCCUUACAAUUAGAGUACUCAUACUUGCUAACAAGCCAGCUGGAAUCGCAGCGAAUCUAUUGGGAAAACAAGAUUGUCCGAAUAGAAAAGGAUACAGCUGAAGAGAUUAACAACAUGAAGACCAAAUUUAAAGAGACCAUUGAGAAGUGUGACAGUCUGGAACAGAGGCUGAAUGACUUGCUCAAAGAAAAGCAGUCUGUCGAAAGGAAGUGUUCUCAGCUGAAUAACAAAGUGGCUAAACUUUCCAACGAGCUGAAAGAGGAGCAAGAACUGAAUAAGUGUCUGCGAGCGAAUCAAGCCUUGCUUCAGAAUAAACUAAAGGAGGAGGAGAGAGUGUUAAAGGAAACCUGCGAACAGAAGGACAUGCAGAUCUCCGAGAUCCAGGAGCAGUUGCGGGAUGUCAUGUUCUACUUAGAGACACAACAGAAAAUCAAUCACCUCCCAGCUGAGACCCGACAGGAGAUUCAGGAAGGACAGAUCAACAUUGCAGUGGCAUCUUCUGCCAGCUCCGCUGCGGGGGGCACGGGCAAACCUUCUUCCAGGAGAGGCCGUGGCAAGAGGGGCAAAUGAAAAUCGGAACACCCUGCUCCUACCCUGAAACUGGUGGUAGGCCAGGCUCACCUCUCGGGACUCCGGCUGGGAAUGCCCAGUUCACUAAAGCUCAGCUAGAAAUUGUCUUCAGAGCUGCUCGUAAAACUGGCUGCCAGUCAGCGGAGGUGUCUGUGGUAUUUAAAAGCAUUUCACUGCACUAUUUAGCUAUUUUUAGGCAGAUCUUAAUGAUCAUUUUGCCUUCCUACCUUUUCAAAGCCCCUCCUAUCAUGCAUUUGACUUUCUUCUUGGAGAGUGUACUGUUUUGGGGUGGGUGGGUGUGUAUGUGUUAAACAUCGCAUUCCUAAGGGGAUGCUAUAGAGUAGGCUAGGCCCAGAGUGCAAGGCUUCUCCAGUUCUCCUCCUGGAUUAAAAGUAUUCUCAGUUAAGAAAUUAAUUUAUUUAAGAAACAGUGUAAAUUAGAUUAUAUACAUCUCCUUUUACUAUGUGCAGUCCUGACACUGCAGAACUGCUAGUGCAAGGAGUAGAACUAUAGUUUGGAAAUAAAAAGGAGUGAGGUGUGGAAAAUAAACCAUCUUAGUGGUGUAAGAAGUUAAAUGAGUCCUAAAGGCUUGUAAUCUGGGAUAUUAAACGCUUUAAAGGGACUUACUUUUGCUACUAUCUGUUUCUUCAUUUUAAAGAUGGCCGUUGAAAGGCCAGCGCUUGCUGCCUUUUGGGGCAGAAAGCAUGAAGAGUUUUAUAUUCUGGAAACUGUUUAACAUGGUUAUUUUACAGGCACGUCUACAAAUCAAAUUGAGCUAUCUUUG